UUUCAGUUAUGUUUUAAAGUGCGUACCGUAAGGGUGUUGUGUCUCUGUCUAGUGCUUCUCUGCUUCAGUUGACUUCUGCUAACAACAAAGAAUAGAAUCGAUUACCCGCGGUCGGUUAGUGUGUGGAUUAUCGUGAAAAUAGGCAAACUUGAAGUGUGUAAAGUUUGUUUGUGGUGUCUGUCCACCGCGCUAUAAUUGCGGUGCCCGCGCGAAACCCCGCGUCGAAUGUGAUUGAUUACUCUUCAACAGUACUUGCUGGUGUUGUUUUGUCUGUAAGAAAAUAAGAAGUAUUUUUUUUGUUUUUAUGCCGCCUAGCGGGUUUUAACAACGGCUGUUUCUGGCUUUUUGUGAAGAUAAAUUGAAAACAAAUUAAAACAACAAAAGCAAGUGUUUCGAAAAAUACACUCACUCCCUCACUCACACAAGCUGGCCGCACUUGUGAGUCCGUUCCGAGUGGAAGCUGGCAUCUCGAAAAACUGCACACACGAUUUUGAUGCUGCUUCUGUUUUUGCUACUGAAGUGGAAGUGAAGUGGCAGACAAAUAAAGAGCAAGAAAAAAAAGGAAACCAAGCAUAGCAAAAAAUAAAAAAAGAGUGUCUCUUCUUCUUCGUGUGCACGUGUGUUGGUUAAUUCAGAGCAUUCUACUAGAUUCGAUUGAAAAGUAACCCGCAAAAAAAUAAAGGAAAAUAGCCCACCCGGUUUAUAUUGACCGUAAACAAAAGAAGAGAGUGUAAUAGUAGUGAGCCAGAAAACCGUCCCGCCGUUUGUCGUCACAAAACAAAACAAAACAAAACCGACGCGAGGACGACGGGGUCGGCAAACUGACAAGUGAGCCGAAAGGAAAGCUGCUGCAAAGCAAACGACGCCAGAACAGAAAACGUGACACCCGAAGGAGCAAGCGUCCGGCUGCUGUAUUUUCUGUAAAGGAGUUUCUAGCACAACGUGAACCAUCGGUGACAGGCCCGCCCAGAUAAACAACAACAGCAAAAACAAACAAGCAACGAAAAGGGCUCGACGACGGGCGCACGUCGGAAGUAAAACGGCCACGAGCUGUUUAUUAGUGCACGCGUUUUUUUUGAUUUACUACCCGCCUACCAGGAUCUCGGUCUGAUGUAAGAAAGCAAACGGUUUGACAGCGCACACGUAACAUGUUCCGCCCCCAGCUCAAUCCAACCGAGAGAAUACGAGAAAAAAUGCGACUUUUCGAGCAAGAUGCGAGCUUAGAAGGCUCCGGCCAGCAGCGGAGAAGAUACUCGGACCAAACAGAACUGCUAGCAGGUGGUGAUUAUUUCGAACAUCCGAACCCAAUGAUGCCCCCGAUCAACCAUUCGGCCACUCCCGGAAUCAUGACGGACGCCCAGGGGCUCAUAGUGCCCAAAAAGCUGAUCAAUCCCUGUUCGGAAUCGAUGGACCGACAGAACCUGCACCGGGAACUGAUGUUCAAUCAGAAAAUGGGUAAAAGUGUCCUCAACCAGAAAACCGAACUGCAGCGAGCCCUGGAGAAGCAGAAGGAGCGCCAGGUGCUGGCCGCCCAGAAUCUCGCCAAACAGCAAGCCCAGGAGAAUUCGAUCGCCAACGAGCUCGGCCGGGUGAUAAUGCAGCGGGCGGCCCGGCUUGAGCAGAAGAGUUUGGCAGCGGCGGCCGCCGGUUCCCAGCAGGACCAACCGGACUCGAUCAACCCGGAAUACCUGAAUGCCCGUGCAAAACUGCGAGCCACCACGGCGGUUUACUCGAAAUAGGCCGCUCGUUUUCAAUCGCCGCCGUGUUGCCGCGUUUUUUUUGUUUCGUAUUAGUUGGUUAAGAUUGCUUUUAGAAAAAAGAAACAGCAGAGCCCCUCUUCAAGGAAUCAUUUUAACACUUUCCCGUCAUUCCCCCACUCCUCCUGUCCCUAUCUCUUCUGAACCCGAUUUGUGUUAAAUAAUUAAGUUUUAUACGUUUUAGACAAGUGAUAACGACUACAAUGAUUUCCGUUCUGUGUUUUUUUGUUUUUAAACAUUGGAGAGUGGAGAAGCUGCUUUGACUCCGGUUUUACAAAUAUCUUAGGCAAAUGAGGAUAGGAACGAGGAGAAAGCAAAUCGAAACAGAACAGUUCGAAUGUGUACGCUCAAAUCGAACGCUGGUAAUUUGAGUGAGACACAGAGUUUCGGAAAAGGAAAGGCGACAUGCUUUAAGUAGUAUUAAUGAGUUAAAUGUCUAAUUCUAUUGUGUCUUUAGAUAGAAUGAUCUGUUGGAUGUAUAUUGAGAACGUGUUUUGUAAGUUCUAGUAAUACCUUAGUAUCGUGUCGUGUAUCGCCGGGAAGGAUUUCGAGCAAACAUUAACUGUAGCAAAAUUGUGAUAGACGGGACAACAGGAGGCAGUAAACCAAGCAAGCACUCGUUGAUGUGGCAUCAAAUUGAAACCGUCGAAAUCCUUCUCUCGUUAGCGUAGUAAGAGAAUGAAUCUUCCAUAAUCAUUACACACCUAUAGUUUAAAACACAAAAAUGAUCAGCAAACUGCUGCUGCUACCUACCAUAUUCGAUAGAAAAGUUUUAGUUCUGGUUUAGUCUGUAAGCAAAUGUGCAUAAGAAAAUGUUAAACAAAAUACACAACAAAAUAAAUUAAAGUAAAACGUCGGGCCUUUGCAGAAAAACGAGAGCUGAAACAAAACAAAAAACAGAAGGAACGAUAGAACUGCUAUUUUGCCUACAGAAGAGUGUCACAAUCAUUCGAUUCUCAAACCAACAUGACAAGUCUGUUAGAGUUAGAAAAUAUUUACCCCUCCUCCCUUGAUCGAUGGCAUCCCAAAAUUUAGAAGAACACAAAAAAACAUCUGUUGCAACGUAGAAAGCAAUUCAAGUUAACAAAUCACUGUCACCAUUUCCUAAAAACACAUAAACACAAACAUCACCACCUCAUCACCACAUCCCAUCAAAUCAAAGUAUAGAACGUAAUACCGAAAGACUAUCGAAAAAUCUAUCGAGUUUGGCCUUGUUAGUGAUUCGUAAUUAGAUUGAGAACUGACUAUUCAUAUUGACUGUGUCCUGAGCCCCGUUCAACUGCGCCCCACCACCCCACCAUUUUAUCCAUUUGAUGAAUUUGACGAGGGACGGAAGUAUUACAUAAUCCUUGCAGUUGUUUUGAAACGUAAACAAUUACAUACUAUUUAGAAACAAACAGAAAAAAAGAGUUCGAUUCAAAUGGUUAAUAAAAUUUAAGCUUACUAUGCAACUCUCAACUACACUGUCCGGAUUCGGAUUGGAUCGCAUGGCAACUGCGGACAUGCGUGAAUUUGCGUCGAAGGGCAGUGCAUUUAGUAGCAACCAGUUUAUUCAGUGUUAAACAACAAACAGUUUCAGUAUAUGCUAAGAAGGAUAUAACCACCUAGGUUAGAGCAAAUGUGAAGAGAAAACAGGAAAAAAAAACCGGUAGUGAUUGAUUGUGGCAAAUAUAUAGGGAAGAUAGAUUGUAUGAGUCAUAAGCAUACAAAGAGUAAAAAAAAACAAACCAGAACCACUGUGUAGCGUAGAUUAGUGACAGUUUUAGUACGUAUCCUGCAGUCGAAUAUAUAUAGAGAGUAAACAAUUAUUUUAACUGAAUACAAA